AUGAGAAGGAAAGGCGGCUGGCGGGUGGGCGGGACUAAUCCCCGUAGCGAUCUCCACUCCCCCCCACACACCAGCGCGAAUGAUCUCAGCGGAGAGCGUCUCCCCCGCUUCCCUCACAACCCAAUGGGAAGGCCGAAGCCUGCGACGGGCGGUGCCGAAGGCCUCCCACGUGCCUCCUCCGCGCCAAUAGCAAGGCGGGAGAGGGAAGAAGGGGGCGUAGGCGACCGUUUCUUUGUGGGGUUUGACAAUAAGAUGGCGCAGGGGGGAAGGGGGAGGAGCUCCCGGGACCGUUGGCCCCGCCCCUUUCCUCUCAGGCGCGGAGCUCGUCGAGGCGGGAGCGGGAGCUCGUCAGGGGCAGGCGGCGCGGGCCGGCGGGUAAGAAGAGCCGGGCGGCGGGCUGGGCCGCGGAGGGGGCCGCUGGCCCCGGGUCGGUAACUCGCAGGAGGUGGGGGGAGGAAGCGGCGGGGCCGGGCCGGCCGAGGGGGAAGAGCCCGCGGAGGGUCACGGAGCCGCGGCUCCAAAAUGGCGGCCGAGGAGGAGGAGUAGGACAGGAUGAAUCAUCCCGCCCGCUUCCCCUGGCGCCCCGCAGCAGCAGCAGCCCCGUCGGGUCUUGCCCCACAUGCGCUACUGCCCCGUCCGGCUUCUCUCCUCGCGAAAAAGCAGCAGCUUUUGCUAUCCUCUCCUUCCACCCGCCUUGGCCCCGCUCCAGCAGCAGCCUCGCUCCCCGGCCGGAACCUGGUUCUACCUCCUUCGCCUCCUUUUCUUCGCCCCGCCGCCACAUCAUCCCCGUCUGAGCAUCAGGAGUGGGGUCAGGGGGGGCGGCGGCGGCUGCAGCUCCUGUUCCCCUUCCCCACUCGCGCCCCGAGCCCUUUUGAAACGCGCUCAUCCCCCGCUUCCAGGCACAUGCACGGGUGUUUCCACACCCACGCGGGUCCCUUUAUGUUUCUUACAUCUUGCCCACGUUUUCUCUUUUCUGCCCGCCCCCGCUGGAAAACCUCUGCUGCUCCUCUUUUUCUCUUCCUUUUUUCUAGUGGGGGAGGGGGGAGCAAGAGAAACAUAUACAUAUACACACACACACACAUAUCUAUCUCUCUAUAUAUCUAUCUAUCUAUAUAUAUAUAUAUCCCCCCCUUUCAUCCAUAGAUCUCAGGGAAGCUCGCAACACAAUGUUUCUCUUGCUCUCCCCCUCCCCCACUAGGAAAAAAAAUGCCCCGAUUGAAACCUGGUGCUCUUGGUCCCAUCAAGCCCCACUUCCCCGCAAGCGUAGCGUGUUCCUUUCCUCCGACACGUGCACACGUACAUGUGUACCUUUCUCGCAAGCAACCGUGGCAUGUCUUCUUCACCCGCCCAUCAGUAAUAGGUGGGUCGAAGCUUUGGAGGUGUAUGGGUACAAAAAGGAGUCCUUGGAAAGUUGGGUUCUCAUAUCUCUUAAGACAGCACAGGGGAGGGGCAGGCAGGGUGGGUGGGUGGUUCUCUUUUUUGGUAAGAGGCUUAGGUGGUCUUGUAUGUGGGAUGUGUGCCUGAUGAUUUAGAAUAAAGAUGUGUCAGCAUUUAACAUUACCUACCUGCCUGACUCCUUUAUAUACCUCGACUGCUGUCCUUCAUCUCCACUUUUGCCCUGCACCCUUUCUUGAGUAUUGCCUCUCAAAGCAAAGUGUAAUAUUAUCUGUGUUCCUGCCUUUUUAUUCUUACCUACCUUUGACUUGAAAUUCUUAUAUCCUCUUGGGCUUUUUCCUCACAGCCAUUGCAUGCUGUCUUCCCUAUUGCCAAAGAAUUUUUCCCAUAAUUACGUCAUCAUAUUUAUCCAUAUAUAGUUUUCAUCUGAGAUGUUCCAUCUUUUGGAGCAGUUUCUCACUUCCCCAUGAAUUCUUCACAGUUAUCCUGUUCUUUCUGUCCUUUCUGUGAUAUUUGAUUCUCUGGUCUACCUGAUAUUCUGAACUAUCUUGAAUAUAAUGCACUGUACUAUCCCUUUUACAGAAACAGUUUACAACACAAUUGUAAGAAUGCUUAUUCUGAAGUCAGUCCAAGGGGAUUUGCUUAUUAGUAAUUGUGUUUAGGAGUACAACUUUAGUUUAUUGCAAUUGUCCAAGGCAAAAGUUUUCAGUUAUCUAACUUCACAGUAUUUCAGUUAAUAAUUCUGUUCUAAUUUGCAUAGCUCUCUUUCAGUUGUUCGGCCCACAUUUCAGUUGUUUUUAUAGCCUUCUAACAUAGGACAUGAUUAUUUCAAUAAUGCAGAUAAGAGCCUGA